UGCAGGGACACAGCUCACAGAAACUACUCCCCCCCCUGCUGCUGCUGCUGCUGCUAAAUGUUGUUGCUGCUGUUUCAGAACCUGUGCCAUUGCAGUCACCCGGGCCAUCUUCCGUGACGCGGGACUCCGUGCCCUACGGUCUGUUCCCGGACGCACACUGAGACGAACUUCAACUGCUCCUGGAGGAUCAUCAACUCCGUGAAAGACGCCCUUUGGUCUGUCCGAAACCUGUUGAUCUUCCAGCUGAAGGAGUUGACCCCAACUGAGUGUUGCGGACUGGCACAUUCCAAGGUCCAGGACUACGUGUUGAGGGAAGCUUGGGUCAGCUGCCGCCAAGGCACAGUGGGGAAAGACCAUCGUGUAAUGUCUGCCUGCCUAAGAAGAACAGGGUGGCCACGCAGUGACUCGCCUGUCCCAGUUUCUGGGUUCCUUGGGGAGCAGGUUGUGCUGCCCUGUACCUACAAAGGGAAUGUCCCAGUCUCUGAUUUACUGGUAAUCUGGAGCACACAGAAGGAGGAAAUUUUAUACGUGUUUGUCGAUGGGAAUGAUGAUUUGGCCCAACAAGACCCACGGUUCAGAAACCGAGCGAACCUGUUCAAAGAUCAACUGGAACAAGGGAACUGGUCAGUUCUGAUCUCUGACCUCAGGGUGACAGACCAGGGUGUGUAUCGGUGUUGGAUUGAAAAGAGAGUGGAUCUAAAUUUGGAGCAGUUUGAUUCUGUCGAUCUCUCUGUAAAAGAGCGAGCUCCUACACCUGGACCGAAAACACCUGUACCAGGUCCUGGACUCUCCCCUGGAGCAAGAGUUGGUUUGGGAAUCGGGAUUGCUGCUGUUUUUAUUGUAGCAGGAAUUGUGGGUUACAUUGUCCUAAAGCGACAAAGAUGGAAUGGUGCUCGAAGCCGACACUCCAGCGAUCGAAAUGAAGCAUCGAAUGGUGUCCCUUUGAGAGAGGUGGCCUGUUCAGGUGAAGCACGGAGCCUUGUACCAACAGCACCUGAGCAUCAGGAUGGAGCGGCCGGAGAACAAAACCUUCUGGGGAACGGGGCUGUCCAGCACUGACUGAGUUUCCACUGCACUGAGCCUGGCUCAGGGAGGGGGGAGUCAGCCCAGUGUUGGGGGGAUCGAGUGAUUCCUGAUGGAAAGUCUGAGCUCAGGAUUGGGAUCAACAAUCACUUCCCACUUUGCACAAACUCUCUGAGCAGCACCAUCUCAGGAGGGAAACUCCCAGUGGGAAUGUUAUCUCCUUUCCUUAGAAACACUGUCCAAGUGUUUCCUCCUCUGUGUUAUAUUUCAGCAUUAAUGUUACAGAUUGAAAUCCGUUUAUAUUGCCUUGUGAGGAUGUGGAUUCUGUGUGAUCGAGAGGGGAUCAUUCAGUCCAUGGUGCUGAUACUGAAUUGAUAUCUGUUUGUACACUCGGGCAUUAUUGUUAAACCCAGGGAUGUGCAACUGUUGCCCUGCAAUUGGUCGGUUGUCAGUGCUGACCAUGAAUCUUUAUUCUGCAGGUCCUUAUCUCUCCUUAUUUAUACAUUUUAUACUUUUUAUGGAAAUUUAGUACAAUUGGAAUGAUUUUAACGACUAAUGAUUGUACCUGCAUAUACACUGUGACCUUUAUGAUCCAAGUGAAGGUUUUGCUC